UACCCUGGACAUUAUUCCGGGCAGGAGGCAGACUGUGCUGGAUAAUACAGAAUGUUGGAUGAUCGACGGUUGGAUAAGCCAGACUCGACGGAAUUCCAAAACUCUCACUGCACUUACCUGUUCACUAAAAGCCUGAUCCCAUAGCCAAGUUUUUACUUCUCUUCUGAAGGCCAGGAGGGAGGGGGCAGAUCUACUGUCGUUGGGGAGGGAGUUCCAUAACUGAGGGGCCACCACUGAGAAGGCCCUGUCUCUCAUUCUUACUAGUCGCACCUACAACAGAGGCAGGGCCUCCCCAGAUGAUCAUGAUCUCUGUGAUGGUUGAUAGAAGGAGAUGCAUUCAGGCAGGGAAAUGAGGAUUCUGUGGAGACACUUCUUGGAUGCAGUGAGGAAGCCAAUAGAACAGGAAGACACAAUCCACUCAAGGUGAUAAUCUUGCUGAAUUCAGAUAAGGAAGGAAGGAAGAAGAGUCAAGUAUCUGUAUUGCAAUUAGGCACCAAUAUCACUGUUAACAUGAAGGAGGAAGCAUUUAAAUGCCUGGUGUGUGGCAAGAGUUUCACUCGGAGGAUUCAUCUGCAGCAACACGAAAGGACUCACACUGGGGAGAAGCCUUACGAAUGCCUGGAGUGCGGAAAGAGCUUUGCGCAGAGUGGGACUCUACAUUCACAUCAAAGGACCCACACUGGGGAGAAACCCUAUACAUGCCUGGAGUGUGGACAGAGCUUUGCUCGUAGUACAGUUCUGCAUAGACAUCAAAGGAUUCAUACUGGGGAGAAACCUUAUACAUGCCUGGAGUGUGGACAGAGCUUCUCUCAGAGUUCAGGUCUACAUUCACAUCAAAGGACUCACAGUGGGGAGAAACCCUAUACAUGCCCGGAGUGUGGACAGAGUUUUGCUGAUAGUACAGUUCUACGUUCACAUCAAAGGAUUCAUACUGGGGAGAAACCCUAUCCAUGCCUGGAGUGUGGGCAGAGCUUUAUUCAGAGGGGGCAUCUACGUAGGCAUCAAAGGACUCACACUGGGGAGAAACCCUAUCCAUGCCUGGAGUGUGGAAAGAGCUUCACUCAGAGGGGACAUCUAAAUUCACAUAAAAGGAUUCACACUGGGGAAAAACCCUAUAAAUGCUCCGAGUGUGAGCAGAGCUUCACUCAUAGUUCAAAUCUACGUUCACAUCAACGAACCCACACUGGGGAAAAACCCUAUACAUGCCUGGAAUGUGGGCAGAGCUUCACUUAUAGUACAGGUCUCCGUUUGCAUCAAAAGAUUCAUACUGGGGAAAAACCAUAUACCUGCCUGGAGUGCGGACAAAGCUUCAGUCUUAAUUCAGGCCUACGUUCACAUCAGAUGACUCACACUGGGGAGAAACCCUAUACAUGCCAGGAGUGUGGACAGAGCUUCACUAAGAAUUCAAAUCUACGUUCACAUGAAAGGACUCACGCUGUGGAAAAACCCUAUAAAUGCCUGGAGUGUGGAAAGAGUUUCACUCAGAGUGGAAAUCUGCGUUCACAUCAAAGGACUCACACGGGAGAGAAACCCUAUACGUGCCUGCAGUGUGGACAGAGCUUCACUGACAAUUCAGGUCUAUAUAGACAUAAACGCAUUCACACUGGGGUGAAACCUUAUACAUGCCUGGAGUGUGGACAGAGCUUCACUCGUAGUUCAAGUCUACUUAGUCACCAGUGGACUCACUCUGGGGAGAAACCCAAUACAUGCCAUGAGUGUGGAAAGAGCUUCACAGACAGUGGAAAUUUACAUAAGCAUCAAAGGACUCACACUGGGGAGAAACCCUAUAAACACAUGGCAUGUGGAAAGAGCUUCUCUGAGAGUUCAAGUCUAUAGACAUGGAGUUCACAUUGGAAAGAACAGUGGUAUUUAACCCCAUAGAGAUUCUCCAAGCCAGAGUUUUCCAAACUUUUCAUGUAGGUGACAUACUUUUUAGGCUUGCAUCCUUUCGCAGCACAAUAAUUCAGUUUUACUAGCAAACCAGUGGUUAAGACAACCUCAUAUAACAUUUUCAAUAUAUAUUAUAUAGUGCAAUAUCAUAAUAUAGAGAGAUAAUUUUUAUAUGGUCUUUACAUUUUAACUUACGUAUUGUCACGUUGCCAGGGCUCUGCCAAUAUUUAAGCAGAGAUGAACCAAACCCCCAGUGUGUGUUAAACAAUUUAAUUAAAACAGCACUUACUUUCUGGAUGUUUUAAUAGUCCAAAACAUAAAACACAAGGAUAGCACUCAGCCACAGAAUAUAAAACAAAAACAGCAAACACUGUUGCAGGUUCAAGAUACUCUGUAGUCAAAAGGUCCAGUCCAGUGGUCAAAUGCUGAGAGUUCAAUAAACUCAAGAGGACCAAGAGUCUAUACUGUAGCCAAAAGUCAGUCCAAAGAUUCAAGGUUCCAGGAUUCCAAGGAGACAGGUCAGGACACCGAAAAUCCACAAACCUGGGGGAAAAUCAGCAGCAUCUACCACCAAAAUACGACAAAUACUUUUCUCCCGAAGAUCAGUCCCAAGGUUCGCUCCUUAUAUCCAGAAACACCCAGCUGCGACCCAUUUCUUGCAUGCCUCCACCUUUCCUUGCUUUCACCCAUGAACUCUUACUUACAGAAUACUCAACCCUUUGGAACUAAGACUUAGAUUAACCCUUCCAUCAUCAACUGCUAGGCCUACCACCACCAUCAACUGCAGAACAUGAUACAUGACACAUAUUUUAACUAGUAACUAUUGUUACAUUUUUGAGGUCCUGUUUAAUUGAGUUGUGUCUUUUUAAUUUCUGUAAAUGCCAAAACACAAAUUUUACAAGCUUGGUAGUUGAUUAAAUGUCCUUUGACCAGUCUCUGGCCCCUUGGAGUGCCUCUGGUGUUGCCGCAAGAAGGUCCUCCAUGGUGCAUGUGGCAGGGCUCAGGUUGCAUUGCAGCAGGUGGUCUCUGGUUUGCUCUUCUCCGCACUCACAUGUCGUGGAUUCCUCUUUGUGGCCCGGUUUCUGAAGGUUGGCUCUGCAUCUCGUGGUGCCAGAGCGCAGUCUGUUCAGCGCCUUCCACAUCGCCCCGUCUUCUGUGUGCCCAGGGGGGAGUAUCCUUCUACUAAUCUCCUAUGCUAGUUAUUUGUUAUGUAUGUAAUUGUGUUUGCUUACUAUAUUGUACGUAUAUGAUUUAGUAUGCGGUCUUCCCUUAACUCUGUGUUGUUUGAGGUUGUGGGAGGGACUGCAGACCAUGUAUCCAGAUCUGGGACUAUUCAGACUAAGACUCCAUUUUAGAAGCCAGUUUUGUAUCGUAUGGUGUGUGUGUCAGAGUUUUACUCUUCAGAAGCAGUACAGUUUAGAAGUUACUCAGUGUCAGUAUGCUGCAGGGUAUAGUCAGUCUUUAUUGAGUCAAUGUUCAGUAGUGUAUUAGAACGAAGAAAGUGUUAGUCUGCAUGCAACAAUGCAAUUGGACAAUGAUUUUAAUAAGGAGACGCCGAAGAUUUCAUUUUUACAGGCUGUAUUGUUUUUAGAUCACAUUAUAAAUGUUUUAAUUGUAUUUAUAAUUGUUUUAACUGUAUCUUUAUGAUUGUUAUGGCAUCGAAUCGCUGCCGACUGUGAACUGCCUUGAGUUGCCUUUGGCUGAGAAAGGCGAUAUAUAAAUGCGGUAAAUAAGUAAAUAAAUAAAUAAGAGAUUAAAACAGAAUGCUUUAGAGAACGAGUUGUUUAAAUUAUUUAUUAUUUACAGUUUUGAAGGCAACUGUAUGUGAGCACCUGUUUUUCAUCUGUUAAUGAUUAUACUCAGUAAACUUCUAAACUUCUAUAAAUCCCUAAA